AGGAAGGACUUUUGGGAUGCAGAUUUCCUGAAUCAGCAGACAAGCUUUGGUGUGACUUCUCAGUGAUGUUACUGUCUUUGACUCAAGUAUUUUCCUCAAGGGCAUCAUUGCUCCUGUUCCUGGCAUCCUACCUGCUUUUGUGGGAGAAUGUAGUCUCUACAUCCACCUGUGCUGAGAAGGAUGCCAACAUCCAGGACCCCUUAGAGAAACUUCUCACAUUGACAACCUUUAUGUCUCAUGUCGUCAGUAGUGAAACUGCAAAACUCUUCAGUGAAUUUAAUAAUCAGUAUGCUCAGGGCAAGAGAUACAAUGACAGAAUCCCUGAGACUUGUCACACCGCUUUUUUUGAUACUCCAGCAAACAAGGAGCAAUCUCUAGGAAGGAAUCCAGAAACACUACUGACAUUGGUACACAGUCUUUUGAAUUCUUGGACCAACACUCUGAAUCAUCUUGUGAAUGAAAUGUCUACAAUGCAAGGAGAUCCUUCUUCCCUUAUCUCAAAAGCCAGAGAAAUUCAGACAAAAUUUGAUGAACUCACAACGGGUGUUAAAACAAUUCUCCGCAUGAUUGGAGAAAGAGAUAAUGAGACCUACCUUGCCUGGUCUGGACUGGCAUCUUUGCAGUCAAGCAACGAAGAUGUUCGAUGUUUUUCUUUCUAUACCCUGAUCCGCUGCCUGCUCAGAGAUUCUCGAAAAGUAAAUACUUAUCUUGAGGUCAUCAAAUACAAAAUAGUGGAUCAAAACAACUGUUAAUAGCAAAUUGAUACAAUCUGCUUCUGAGAUGCCUCUUUAUAAGAUGGUACUGCAAAGCUCCCUUUUAAUUUUUCUCUCAUCUCUAAAAAUAAAAAUUGUUUGGAAG